AUGAGUCAGCGUGCGCGGGAGGGAGCAGCGAGCCCAGAGCGUGAUGUGUUUGAAGGCUGCGAGAGGAGUGGGAAUCGAUCAACAAUCCACAUGACAGGAUUUUUGGGGAUCGUGCCGUCACACUCUCUGCCGCUCGACGCUGUAUCGUGGACCUGCUGUCAGACCAAAGAAUGGCAGCGCUUUCAUAACAUUGUGGUGUAUAUGACUGGUAUGUUCUCAGCCCGAGGGGGACGAGGGGGGACCACCCACAGACUCCUGACAACCCACCACUCCAGGCUGAUGUCAGACAUGUCGCCUGCAUCGAUCGCUCCAGCGCCGCGACAGCUUCAGUCCCAAAGAGACGGCGGCGGGACGGGGAUAUGA